GAAGCGGCCAGUAGGCGCUGAGGCCGCCGGCAGAGGGCGGGGCGAGCAGUGUGAGGGCCCGGGCUUGUGUCAGUAGUGAGACGGCUGAGGGAUACGGAGCUGAGGGGUCGGGGCUGAGGACUAGUUCAUCAUGAUAUCAAUUCCAGAAUUCUACCGAGGGAAGAAUGUCCUCAUCACCGGAGCCACUGGCUUCAUGGGAAAGGUUCUGUUGGAGAAGCUGCUGAGAUCAUGCCCCAACGUCAAGGCCGUGUAUGUCCUGGUCAGGCCCAAAGCGAGCCAGAAGCCACGAGAAAGGGUUGCAGAAAUGAUGAGCUGUAAGUUGUUUGAUAGGUUAAGAGACGAGCAACCCGAAUGUGCACAGAAAGUUAUCGCCAUCAGCAGUGAGCUCACACAGCCGGAACUGGAUCUGAGCAAGGAAGACCAAGACAUGCUAAUAGACUGCAUCGAUAUCGUUUUCCACUGUGCCGCCACUGUCCGCUUCAAUGAGUCCCUUAGAGAUGCCAUGCAGCUGAAUGUGAUUGCGACACGGCAGCUCCUUUACCUUGCCCAGAAGAUUAAGAAACUGGAAGUGUUCAUACACGUGUCGACAGCCUACGCAAACUGCAACCGGAAGCAAAUUGAAGAAAUGGUCUACCCUCCCCCUGUGGAUCCAAAGAAGCUCAUAGAGUCUUUAGAGUGGAUGGACGACGGCCUGGUAAACGACAUUACCCCAAAACUUAUAGGGGACCGGCCAAACACGUACACAUAUACGAAAGCCCUGGCGGAAUAUGUGGUCCAGCAGGAGGGCAGCAAGCUUAACAUCGCUAUUGUUAGGCCAUCCAUUGUCGGCGCCAGCUGGAAAGAGCCCUUUCCGGGCUGGAUUGAUAAUUUCAACGGCCCCAGUGGUCUCUUCAUUGCAGCAGGAAAAGGAAUUCUCCGCACCAUGAGGGCUUCCAACAACGCCGUGGCCGACCUUAUCCCUGUAGACGUAGUGGUCAACACAACGUUAGCCGCUGCCUGGUACUCUGGAGUUAAUAGGUACAGCAGACCUCGGAAUAUCCUGGUGUACAACUGUACAACAGGCGGAACAAACCCUUUCCACUGGGGGGAAGUCGAAUAUUAUGUAAAUGUUUCCUUCAAGAUGAAUCCUUUAGAACAGGCCCUAAGACGCCCCAAUGUUAAUCUCCGAAACAACCCCCUAUUGCAUCAGUACUGGACGACUGUCAGUCAUAUAGUUCCAGCAAUGAUGUAUGAUGCUAUUCUAAGGUUAACGGGUCAGAAGCCCUGGAUGAUGAAGACCAUCACGCGCCUUCAUAAGGCCAUGAUGUUGCUGGAAUAUUUCACAAGUAACUCCUGGGUGUGGAACAAUGAAAACACCAACAUGCUCAUGAGCCAGCUGAGUCCAGACGACAAAAAGGCGUUCAACUUUGACGUCAGACAGCUGCACUGGGCCGAGUACAUGGAAAACUACUGCAUGGGGACGAAAAAAUAUGUCUUGAAUGAAGAAAUGUCCGGGCUCCCCGCAGCGAGGAAGCACUUAAAUAAGUUACGGAAUAUCCGCUACGGGUUUAACACCAUCCUGGUAGUGCUCAUCUGGCGCGUGUUCAUCGCCAGGUCGCAGAUGGCAAGAAACAUCUGGUAUUUUGUCGUUAGUAUGUGUUUCAAGUUUCUGUCCUACUUUCGGGCAUCUAGCACCAUGAGGUACUGAGGAUUGGACUCUCCAUAUCUGGGGCAUCUAUGCACACGGCGGCAACCUGCACAAAACCUCUUCAACGUUCCGUGCCCUUAACAUGUUGUGCGCACAGCCAUACUACCACCCCGAGCCCAGAGAAACCGCUUUUUUUUUUCUCUUCACCCUGACAUUUCAAGUGUCCCUUAAACAUGAACCACGCCGGGCAGAUUAAACCAGCAUUCCCUACUGUAGGUAUCAAGCGGUUCUAAUUCAGCUCAUUUGCAGAAAGAAUAACACUCACACUUUCCCCAUUCUUUGUUCUCUAUGAAAAUGUAGUUUAAUCUCAAGUUGCUGUCUGUGAAGGUUGGCACAGGGUGCAACUCUGUUUGGUCACUUGCAAAGCUGUGCCAGUCUGAACGGUUGAGUCGUAACUAAAUAUAUAGGUUCUCUGAUAAGCCUUACGCCUGUCAUGUAAAUACUGUAACUUUUUCACCGUAUUAGAAACCCUGUGUUACUACAUUGGCUAAUCGAUCAGUUGUAUAUCCCUUGUUCCAUUAAAUCCUUCCCUUCCUCACUUUCACCAUCCUCCUUUCCGGCCCCUUUCUAUGGCAUUGCCUUGUGUUGUUUUAACCCCUUCAAGACCACGAAGCCUAUAAAUAUAUGCACUGCGUAAGAGACCUAGCGGGCUGCGCCAUAUGCAUAGCUUGGCCCCCAGCAGCCACGUAGGACUUCACCUAAUCUUUUUUUGCACUGCAGUGAUUGACUAAACAAACAGACACGUGGCUUAUAACGCACCAACCCCUUGGCGUACAUCACUGUCUGUAACUGGUUUUCUUUUUCUUGCUCGUUUAAACACAAAUUAAGCCUCUGAGGCUACCUUGCCUUGCCGAUGGGACUCGUCCCAGUCUUCCCCAUUUCCAACGUUGGAUCCAAAGCCAGUUAUUUAACUUACUUUAUAGAGGAUAUAUUUUAUUGUGUAGAAGAUUUCCAAAUGCAAGUAAAGCUCUGUAAAUGGUGCAAGAAGCAAUGGCGCUAAUUGGAGAUCUGCCCUAAAGCUUCUCUACCUUCAUACUAUAGUUACCUUCAGGCGUCCCCCAGUUAUUGGGCUACAUGUCUCCGAUCACAUCAGAAAGCCGACGCCAUUGGUGAGAAUUGAACCUACGGCUUUAUUUCUAGCAUGUGUCCAAUGACACUGCUACAGCACUUACCACAGCUCCUCUGCACCUUCUGCUUUAGUCGGGAUUGUGCCCCGCAGGGGGUGCCGAGGAACUGGUUACCAGCUCCCUUUAUAUCUCACUUCCACCUCCCAAGCCGGCGCGCUUCAUUGUUGUGCAGUGCUCAUCCACACGGCAGGCUCCUUUCUGUAGGUGCGGAUCUCAGUCGGAGCACCUCUCGCUAGUUUUCUGUGAAAUGUAGUUAAAUAAGAAAAUGUCACAGGUCUUUUACAAAAAAAAAAAUCUAAAAUUGUAUAGCAUCAGAAUAUCUUCUUGCUGCCGUGGCGUAGGAUCACAUCCAUGUGUGAGAGGCCGUCGGCAGCUCCUAAGCACCAAUAAAUUAUGACUUUUGUGAA